GGGAAAGUUGCACAUAAAGUGCUGGAGAGUGAGAAUCCUGGGAUCGCAGCCAGACAGGAAGCGUUUUCUCGCGGCCAGAGAGCUCCCUCCGUCCUUCCUGCGCUCCUCCGGCUCCCGGUGAUUCAGCCCGAAUUGAUUUUCUCCUCGUCCUUCACCUGGUGCCGGGAAGGAGGCACCGUCCCCGCGCACCCGCGUCCCACGGCGUGGAUGCGCCUCCUCCGGGACAGGCUCCCGGGGGAAGUUUGCAGCCAGGAGCGGCCGCACAGAGGCUGAGGCUGCGUGUGAGAGCCGCGGGGACACGCUCAGACCCCUCGGAAGGCAGCCAUGGCCGACAGCCAGCUGCCCUUCUCCUGCCACUACCCCGGCAGGCGCAGCCUCCGCGACCCUUUCCGGGAGCCCGGCCUCACCUCGCGCCUGCUGGACGAUGACUUCGGCUUGUCGCCCUUCCCCGGGGACCUGACGGCGGACUGGCCCGACUGGGCUCGGCCCCGGCUCACCACCACCUGGCCGGGCCCGCUGCGCGCCGGGCUGGGCCGCACGCCCCCCAUGGCCCCCGCGUACGGCGCCCACUUCGGGGGGUACCCCGAGAGCCGCAGCCCCGCGCCCUUCCCCCGCGAGCCCUGGAAGGUGUGUGUCAACGUGCACAGCUUCAAACCCGAGGAGCUCACCGUCAAAACCAAGGAUGGCUACGUCGAGGUGUCAGGCAAACACGAGGAGCAGCAGGUGGAAGGAGGGAUCGUCUCCAAGAACUUCACCAAGAAAAUCCAGCUGCCCUACGAGGUGGAUCCCAUCACGGUGUUCGCCUCCUUGUCCCCGGAGGGGCUGCUGAUCAUCGAGGCGCCCCAGAUCCCCCCCUACCAGCAGUACGGCGAGGGCAGCGGCGGCAGCGAGAUCCCCGUCGAGAGCCAGGAGGCCACCUGCACCUGAGCCGGCACCCCCGGCACCCCCGUCCCGUUGUCCCCUUCCCCUUCCCCCGCUCCCUGCGGCAUCCUGACAGCCUCGGGCAAGGGUGACGGGUGCCGCUGGCUCGCAGGGAUGAUGGCAGCACCCGCCACCCCCGCCGAGAGCCGGGGCACGCACCGGGUGCCAGCCCACCGCCCCCGAGGGCUUCUGGCGCCCUGAGUGCCGCUAGAGAUGUUGUGCCCGCGGGGCCAAGCAGAAAGGAUGCUCCUCCUUAUGGUUAUUGUUUGUUCCGAGUCGCUCGGAUGGGAUAUUUAUAAUACAAUAGCAAAAAAAAGGGCCUGUUUUUUUUUUU